GUGCUUGUGGGAGAACGAGACGGACAGAAGUCGUGGGACUUCUCCCUUGGAGCUUCUGUGCCGAGAAUCCGAUGUUGGGCUCGGCUACCUGGCUGAAUACAGCGGAUCAGCCCAUGAAAACUUCUAUUCCCAGCCAAAGGAAGGAGUCCAGCAAAAGGCAGCACUUACUCUUUCAGGCUUGGAAGCAAGAAAGGGGGCAAGAGUUGGAGAGUGUGGAAUCGGAGAAAACAACUGAAAGGUGACAUUUAAGUUGAAGAUGGGCGGUGGAGAAAGAUUCAACAUUCCAGUUCCCCAGUCUAGAAAUACCACCAAGAACCAUCAACAACUAAAAAACAGGAAGAAGAAUAAAGACCAGAAUUCACAGAUGAAGACCUAUAUGAAGAAAGAAAGAGGACAUGGAUGCAACUCAUCGUCUGGUGCAUGGCAGGCCAUGCAAAAAGGGGGAAAGAACAAUGUUCAUUUCCCCAGUAAUCAAAAUUGGAAUCCUACUUUAUCGAAUCACAACCUGUUUUUCACACCUCAGACCAAUCAGAACUAUGCUGGAGCAAAAUUUAGUGAGCCACCCUCACCAAGUGUUCUUCCUAAGCCACCAAGUCACUGGGUACCUGUUUCUUUUAAACCUUCUGAUAAAGAAAUCAUGACAUUUCAGCUUAAAACGUUACUUAAAGUCCAGGCUUGAGAUGUACCUUUUCAUAUUUCUAACAUUAUUUAAAUUUAUAGGGUUUCAAAUUUGAGCAUUGUUAUUCCUAACUCCAGACGCACAGGUGGACAGAACUAGAGGUUCUUGCUGCAUGUAGUUGGUCACCUGGAAGAGAAGCAGGUGGGAGCUUACAUUCCCCUAAUGUUUUACCUCAAAAGUUGUGUGCUGUGUUCACUUCACUGUGAAGUAGGUAUUUUCUCUAUAAUCGAGUCUAAUCAAAUCCUGAACAGUCACCAUUUAUUGUAUUUAUUGUAAGAGUAAAUGGGACUGUCUCCCUAAAUUGGAAUUUUGACUUUAUGAUGCGGUGUUAGAAAACCAGCUUUUCCCUAACUUUAAUGCAGCGUUAACUGGAAAAAAAUGCACUGAAAGCUUUAGUCAGGUACUCUGCUGCUCUUCAAACUGGCGUAAAAUUUGCUAAUGAAAGAAAAACUCUGCAGAGCAAUUUGCCGAGCAGAGAUCUCCAUUGAGGCACGAGGUACAGCGCAGAUUAUUCUCUUGUUCACACCUGUGAGCUUUAUUUGGCACUUUUGAAUUGGUGGACAAGCAUUUCAAGCCUGUGACUAAAACUCGGAUCUAGGAAUCGUAAUUGGUGUGUGUUCUUGAGAGGAUGGAAGAACGCGUCGGGGGGGAGCUGGAGUUGUCUCCCGCCAGCUCUAGCAACGCUUCAUUGCAAUCUCGUCAGACUGUGCCAACCGGUGACACCGCAGUGCCAGAUGACUGCCAAAAAAAAAAUGCUAAAAAAUCCUUUUGUGUUCCAAUUGCACUGAUGAGUUCCAAAAUACAUUUUUUAUAUUAUUUUUUAAAAUGAUGAAAAAGGUGGAGUAGUAACUUAGACUGAUUUUAAAUUAGUUACCCUGUAAUAAUUAAGUUCCAGUAGCUUGUGGCAGGUAUUAAGAUGUUUUCGUAGGGAAGACAGAGCCAUGUAAAUAAGUGUAAAACUUUGUAGCAUAUGUAAAUUUACGCUGGGCUUUCCUGCACAGAAGUAUUUUUAGUACAAAUCUGCUGAAUGUAAGAUGACCAUGUUGAGUACAUGGCCUGAUUUAAAAAAAAAUAUUUUGUUUUUUUUAAAAAAAAAAAAAAAAGGACACUUGUGGCUGUGCCCUUGCACUUAAACAUGCAGUGAAUAUGCACGUUUUACUUGGUUGUGAGCUCAUUUUUAAAGUAAACUCGGUGCAAAAGAGGCUUAUUUAGAAUUUUUUAAUAAAACAAAAAACUAAAAAAAAAAAAAGCUUAAGUUCAAGAUACUCAAGUUCUGAAUGUAUGGGAGAAUGUGGAUUAAAU